AAGGGGGAGGGGGGGAGGGGGGGGGGAAAGGAGAAGAGAAGAGAAGGUCCGGGCCCGAGCCUCGAAUAGAAGUUAGAAGUUGCGGCCGUUUGGGAGGGAGAGUCUUCCCCCCCCCCCCCCUUCCACCCGCCCAGCCCAGCACCCCGGAUCCUCCGCUGGAUCUGAGCGCCCCCCCCCUUCACCCCAUACCCCUCACGGUGGGGCCUCGGGCAGGGGCUGGGCUGGGCUGGGUUGAGGCCUGCACUUGUCUUUGGGGGUGUUUGUGAGCACGACACAUGGAUUGCUGGAGGAGGCUAAGAGGCCAAGAUCCUGUCCAGGCCAGCCUUGAACCCUGAGCCCUUGCCCCCACCACCAACCCGCACACCCCCCUCCUUCUUUACACUUCACCCCCUCCCCACGUCCCCCAGAGAGAGGGAGGCAAUGUGGGCACCGACGGCCGAGACCACCUGCGAGGCUGCAGCACUGGACCUUUCCCCCACCGUACCCUGAGAAGGAGUGCAGUCUGCAGUCGCUAUGCCAGAAAUGACAGAAAAUCAGACACCGCUGCGCAUAACUCACAGGAAGAAAAAUCGAGAAUCUCACAACGCAGUGGAAAGACAUCGAAAGAAGAAGAUUAACUCGGGAAUAAACAAAAUUGGAGAACUAAUUCCAUGCUCUCCUGCUCUGAAACAGAGUAAAAACAUGAUACUGGAUCAAGCAUACAAGUACAUUUCAGAGCUGAAGAGACAGAAUGAUGAAAUUCUUUUGAAUGGGGGAACCAAAGAACAAGGUGAAGAAAUUGUCAGACUACGAAAUCAGCUGGAUAAUCUACGGAAUGAAAAUGACCGUUUUCUGGAAUUACUUAAAGCUAACGACAUCUGCUUGCAUGAUGACCCUACCAUUCACUGGAAGAGGAAAUUCAAGGGUUCAAAAGUUGCAAUGAUGAUUUCUCCCAACCAAAUGCAAGACGAUAUGCUCAUCUACACAAAUGGAAACCAACUGAAUGGGAAUUGCCACCAGACCACUGUGCAGAGUUCACCCGAGCUACCGCUGAACACCCUGAAGAACACAACUCCAGAAUCAUGCCUUGAUAUAAUGAUGCCGAUGGCUGAGAUCGGCCCAGUGGAAAAUGGGGUUCAACUUCAGACAGGGAUCUCUGAGCAGGACGUUCCAGACUGCCUCCCUACAGCUCGAACUUCUCUGAACACUGCACCGUGCACUAGCACCACGACCAUUGUACAGAGUAUGCUGAAUGUUUCAACGAAUACAUCUGAUCCAGACCUUCUUCAGCACUCACACAGCAGCUGCGCACUGACGCCUUUAGCCAGCCCAACAAGCACCCCUGCCCCAAUUGUGCUGGACUGUCCCCAAGCCAGAUUUGGACAGAGCAUCUCUGCGAGUGGAUGCCCUGUCCCGAAUGUUCCUGGAGUUUCUUCAAACGCUUCCCUUGCUUUGCCAUUGCACUUGCAACAGAUGGGAACGAUGUGCAUGGAUGUGGAGUGUCCCAGCGGGAUAACACAGCAAACUGUUUUGGGUUCGACGUCGGCCAGCGGCCAGAACACGGAGUUAAGGUCAAUGAAAUGGCCCAUGGUAGAAUGCCCGCAAAAUGUGGUGAUGCCAAACGCUUGCCAAAAUUCACCCACGCUGGCCCGUGGUUUCCCGCCGUCUUUCAAAGCUGGGGCAAUGUGUAACGGCAGUAUGAUGUCGCCUUGCCCUGUAGCCAGCUCGUGGACAGUGUCCUGCCCGGUUUCUACAAGCGCCUGCUCUUCCGAGUCAAACGGCCUUGGUGCCUUUACUUGCAUGACUUUCGCGGGUAACACUCGGACUACAUGGACCACUUUACAGCUGGCCGGAAACACAGUGCAUCCUGUCAGCCAGGUGAGCUGUAGUAUAUUGCCAACGACAUUAAGCGAAAAUGUCAAUGCCAGAAGCUCCUUCCACGCCUCUGAGGCCGGGCCGCUGGUUAAUAACGUGGCUGCGGUGUCCUCGGCUUCCUCCUCCACGCUUCAAGGGACCUCCUUCUGCUCCACCUACAGCCCACUCAACCCACAGGUGCCAGUCACCCUCCAGACCCCCCUGCAGCCCGUUCCAGCUGUGCCCACCGCCAAGGUAGUGUCACUGCUGCCUCCCUUGCAGGUGAUCCAAAUGGCCCACACCUCGGGUGGGUCAGACCCGUCCUCUCCAAACAGCCAGAAGCUGAUCAUCCUGCAGCCGGCGAAUCCCAGUUCGCCGGCGGUGGUGAGGGGGGCCAUUAACAGUCAGGCACAAGGACAGCAGAUAGUCAUCAUACAGGCAGCCAGCCAGACCGGCGUCUCCGUGGUCCCGCCCCACGCCAACAGAGCCGCCCCCUCCCUCGACUCCAGCGCGGGGUCGUCUAGCAGCGGGGCCGGCGUUCAUUCAGUGGGAGGGAAACACCUUGUACACAUCUUGCCGCGGCCCGUGUCCUCCUGCGGCUCCAGCAGCUCGCAUUCUCCAGCGGUGACGGGCGCCGGCCACCACCAACAGCAGCAGCAGAAGACCAUCUCUGUCAACGGCCAGAUCUUCGCCGUGCAGCCCGUAAAGCAAGGGGGGAGCUCAAUGCACAUCAUCCAGCCGACAACCAGCGCAGACCCACACACCAACGUAGCCCUCAACACAUUCGGUGCUCUGACCAGCCUCAGUCAGAGUGUCUCCCAGAUGUCAGGGCCCUUAGGCCGUGGCCAGGCGCUCAGUCCCUCGGCCUCCAGCGCUCAGACCGUCUGCACCGCUGCCGCCACAACGAGCAGCCCCUUCACCAACAACCUGCCCGCCGCCGCUCUUGCAAGCAGGAACCCCGUACCCCCAAAAUGUGCCCACGGCGCACACCGCCCCUCCAAAUGCAAGAAAUCGCAGAGGAAGCUUCUUUCUGCGAAGCACGGACUGUCCAAGAGGGCCAGGGGCUCACGGCACCAGCCGCGGGCAGCCGCCACCACCGGCGACCACGCCAGGUCUAACCCGGGCAGCCCACCCGAGUUUGCGGCCGUGGAGCAGGCGUUGCCUGCAGACUGUCUACCGGCAUCUCAGCACCUGUCCUUGCCCCACAACGCGGUCACGGUGACCACUGCCGCCGCCUCACACGAACAGACAGCUGCUACACUCUCCCUCCUGGCUCCCAGUUUAGCAGAAGCCUCGGCUCUUUGCCCUGAGCACCCAGAGGAGACGCGGGCACCGCCCGCAUCGCUGGCAGCCUCGUCGCCCCGGGUGGACCUGCUGAAAGACGAUGUGUGCGCGGUUACGGAAUCAACAGCCCCUACUGCCUACUGCCCGGCAGGAGAGACGGGGACGGGGAAGGAGAGCGGCUUGGGUCGAUUUCAGGCUGUGUCGCCGACUCCACACGGUAUUCCUGGCAUCACCAGCGUUUCCCAACAGCUGGAGUCCCUGGCAGCGGCCCAGCGCCACGGACGCGUGGAAGCGAGCGAGGAGAUGGGCAGCCAGGAAGGCAAGGCAUGCGGCAGGGAGCCGGCCCCCUCAACCGGCAAGCAACGAGCGGAUAACGGGCUGCCGAGCGGCGAGACGGAGGGCGCCACCCAGCCUCAUCCAUGCCCCCCGGAGCAUGAGGGCACGACCGCCCCGCUCAGCGCCCAGCGCCAGACUGAGUCCCCCAUGUCCACCAGCUCGGGCAGCAGCCGCGGCUUCUCUGUCGCCUCCCUACUACCGGACAGCGCCCGGGAAGACGGCGCCUUCAACUCCUACGGCCUGCCCGACCACAGCGACAUCGUUUCCCUCGCUGCCAGGGCCAUAUUCGAGCAGGAGAGCCCGGGCAAGGGCUCAAGUCCCGACCUGGUGGGGUACGAGGCCGGAGCGAAGCCCCCGUGCGCGGAGAAAGCCCCGUGUCCGAGUCUACAGCCGGACAAAGGCCCAGGAAUGGAAACCAAUGCUGUCCAGUCGCAGGGUCCGGCCGGAGUGGCCUGUGUCGCCAAAGAAACGCCGAGCGUGUCCCUGGCGUGUCCGCCUCUCCCCAACCCAGUUGCGAUGAACCAGGGCCACGGCGGCCCGACCGCCCAUACUCAGCUACCGAGCGUCUACCCGGAACAGGGCGCCCCCCUGGCCGAAUACCCCGCCAAAGUUCACCCCCAGUCUCCCCUCGCCCUGGAGUCGCGGCUGAAGCAGAGCGUCGAAAUGCGAAAAGACGCGAGCAAGCGCAACGGGCCGACCGACCACUUGGUCUCCACGGCCAAGAGGCAGAAGCAGUGCCAGGGUGGGGGGCCGCGGCUGGACUGCAAGCCGGGGCUCGGCGCUUUAGCCGGCCACCUGUGCGAUCGCGACCCGCCCUUCAUGGCGCAGAUGCCGGCCAGUUCUCCCAACCACAACCUCGGCGCCUUGUUCCCUUCCACUAAUUUCCUGGGCACCAGUCCGGAGGAGACGCUGAGGACGAUGGAAGCGCACUGCAACGGACCGCAGCGAGUGCAGGAUCCGGCCGCACAGCAGAUGCAACCGCACGGGCUGCUCCAGGCCAACGGGUCGUCUCCGAGCGGUCUGCCGCUGGCCCACACCCACUCCUACUACAAGCACCACCACCAGAGCCAGGCCCGCGAUCGGCACCUGUACCAGCUACAGCACCACUACUCGCACGGUGAGGGGUCGGCUCAAGGCCAGGCUCACGGCGUCCAGCACCAGCUCCGCGUCGCCCCGCAAGACGCCCAGAUGCAGAAGAAGCGAGGGCUGGUGCGGGCGGCGCCGGGAUCGCAGCUCUCCAUCCAGCCGAAGCAGCAGCACCAGGCGGGCGGCGGGCAGGGCCGGCACAAGGGCAGUCAGCAGCAGCACCAGCACGUACCGCACACGUACUUCAGCAACGCGCACCCGGACAAGAGGUGCGAGAACUCGGCGGGAGGCCGGAGCCAUCACCUGCAGAGCCUCCACGCCCCGGACCUGCUGCACCCUGACGGCGGGCGAAGCGGCCAGGGGCCCGGCAUCUUCCCCGAGCAGGUGGGCGGACAGUCGCGCAUCCAGCGGCUGCUGACGUCCAGGUCUCUGGAGCAACAGAUGGCUUCCAAAGCCAGGCCCUCCGACAAGCAAUGUCCUCCUCACCGCCAAGAGAGAAACCGAAUCUCCAGCUACUCGGCAGAAGCUCUGAUCGGGAGGCCUUCCAGCGCCGAGUCGCGCAUGGCCAUGCAGAGCCCCAGGGCCGCCCUGGAGCAGUCCGAACUGCGCACCUAUCUCGACCUGUCCAUGAACAAAUCUUUGCCCGUGCACGGCUUGCCACCCAAACUCUCCAUGGAACACUGCAUGGCGGCCGAUGUACAGUCUCUGGGCGACUGCCAGCCGUUCAAAGCCACCCAGGCGGUGGGCAACUUUGAGGUGCAAGCUUCCCGGGGCAGCGAGAUGGGCGGCGGCAUGUCGGCGCACAGGGGAAUCCAAGCGCACGGCUUCAGGCUUGCCCAGGGAACCGGCGCCGAGCGACCGUCCCGCCUGCCUUACUUGCCCAUGCAAGGGAUCUCGACCGCGGGCGGGGCAUCGUUGAGGGACGGCGACGGCUCUUGCCACCAGAGCUUCUUGCAGAGCCUGCUGCCCCCUCCUCUGGCGGAGCAGCUGGGCGGCGGGCCGGGGCCGGAGCACGGCAGGAACUCGCAGUGCGCUCUGCCCAUCAGUAUCGAGUACAGUUGCGCACCGGCCAGGGACACGGGGCAUGGUCGACGGGACGGCGAAGGGCAGAGCUGCGACCUGGGUCUGGGCGGGCUCGGAUCCCGGAGCCUUCCCUACCCCGACCCGUCCUCGGUGUCCGAAAUCCAAAGCAGAAACAGCAGCCCCAGCGUGGCGGCGCAGAAAGCAUCGUUGAGACUGGGCGACAGCCAGGGGAACAAGUGCCACGCCAACGCGCAGGUCUCCUCCAACAUGCACGGAGGCGUGCGGGUGGCGCUGGCCCACGGAGCCGAGCGGUCCCACCCGCUCCAGCCCGGCUCCUCGGUGGCGCAGCGAGUCCGGCACCAGGCGCAGGGCGGCUCGGCGGGCAAGCUGCGGCCGCGCUCGGGCAGCCACCGGGGGGGCUCCGAGGCGCUGGAGCGCAGCCUACAGCUGCCGCUGCCGUCCGGCGGGGGGAUGAUACUGGGCAGGCAGCAACCUAACACCACCCGCACCGCCAGCAUCGUGCGCUUCGUCGCCGACAGCCAGCAGGUGCCCAGCGAGAACCUCACCCCGGAGCAACUCUCGCAGAGCUUCGGCUUCCCCUUCAUCGCAGAGGGCGGCAUGAACCCGCCCCUCAACGCCAACCCUCCCUUCAUCCCCCCGGUCACACAGCCGGGCGCGAACCGGACCCCUACCCUCAUUCCGGUGGAGCAGCAGAACCCGCUGCCUUCAUUCUACCCUCCGUACUCGCCGGCGCACCCCAACCUCUCCAACGACCUCUCUCUCCCUUACUUCUCCAACCAGAUCUUCACCAGCCCCAACACGGAGAAAGCCAGCAACCCGUUCGGCUCCAUCCUGUCGCCGCCUCGGCCCGUUGGCUUUCCGCAGCCCAGUUUCCCACUGCUCCCCGACAUCUCUGCCAGGCCCAUAGCCAACAGCUCCAGCAUCACCGCGCACCUGUCUAACUUCAACCUGACCACCCUGUUCCCCGAGAUCGCCGCCGCGCCCCUGGCCGCAGACACCCCCGCCAUGCCCAUGUCACCUCUGUUGCCUUUAACCAACCCCGCCCUCUCCGACGUCUCCAAACAGCACUCCAACAGAUCCGCGCACAAUAUCAGCCACAUCCUAGGCCACGACGGCAGCUCGGCCGUGUGAAACCCGGCGUGGACUCUCCGGAUGGCUGCAAGGUGCUGAGGUCGGAGUGGACUUCUCCAGCUCUCUUCACACCCUGCAGUUGCUCAACCGAAAUAACCCAUCACUCAGCCCCUCCCAACCAACCCCAAUCUCCUUCGGCAGCAGAUACUUUGAAGUGGGCAAGAUGUUUUUUUAUUUGGUGCCGUUAGUGGCAAGAUCUCUAGGCUGGAGGCGAGUGCUUGAGAGAGAGAUGGUGGGGAUGUCAAGGGAGUGAGUUGCGCUCGGGGAGAACCAUGGAUGUGUCAUCGCACCAGCCAGCUGUCCCCCCCCCCCCCCCCCCCCAGUGUACCAAAGUAUUCACACGCUGGUGGCAAGGCCAUAUCUUUCAAGAAAUUGCAGGCAAAUUGACAUCUUGCGUUCCCACAGCUCCUGAUAUAUGAUGUAUGAUAUAGAUUUUUAUACACAGUGAUGGAUUGGUAGAACUGAAUGAUUUUGAAUUGUAAAUAUGUGAAGUGGUGGGUUGUCUCGCCAACCAGUAUUUGUUGGGCUUCAUGUUAACAAGGGGGUUGUCCCUGGAGCGGUGUUGAGGUUGGUUGAUUUACUGAUCUGCUUAUCAAUAGUACAAUGUACAGGGGCAAGAAAUGGUAUUUAUCUGAGGGUUCCACUAUUCAGUACAAACAACCCCCUUUUUAUUGGGAUCAAUUUCUUAAAGAAUUAUGCCCAUAAGAUCAAAUUGGCAUGAGUAAAAUGACACCCACCCUUCCAUUUCCACUUUGUAUUUAAAAUGCAAGGCUACCAUUAAUUCAGCAUUAGGCAAGGAGAAACAAAGAGGAAUUUGGUGUGUAUUUAAUGGAUGAGGGUCUGAAUCUGCAUGUUGUACAAAAUAUUUAAAUAAAAAAAAUUAUAGUUAAUUUCCAUAUAAAUGCAUUUUAGUUAUUGUACCAUACUUUAACAUACUCUGUGCUUUAAUAGAAGUAGGCCACCCUCUCCAUGGGAGCCUGACUGAUCUUUCUUUUGAGCAAUGGUUUAAGUUAGAUGGCUUUUGCAGUUACGGCGAUU